GAAGAAAUGAUCAAAAUUAGUUAUAAUUCAUUGAUUAGUUAUAAUUGGAUAAUAAUAUGUCAUUUUAAAGCAAACUAUAAGGCUUAUAAUCUACUUCUGGGAAACUUGAUUUUUUCAAAUAGCCAAGUACUAACCUGUGCUGUGGAAUUUUCUCAUUUGAAAAAUUUUCAGUAGCAGAUCCCUUAUGAAUUUGAACAACCAAGUUUCUUUCAGCAUUUUAUGUUAGAAAACACUGUACUCUAGAUUGGGCAGAAACUUAUCCUUAACACAAAGUCAGAUGACGCAGAGAUCAUUUUUACCUCUGAGGCAGAAGUGGUAUCAAAACUCUCUGAGCACUUCAGAUUCAGCAUAUAAUAACUUUUAUACACGGAAAAUACUUUUUUUUUUUUUGAAACAUAGCAGGGAUUGGCAGAAAAGCAGAAAAUCCAGAAAAUAGACCUAUUUUAGUAGUACAUUAUUCCAAAGGCUUACCAGCCAAGUGAUAACUUCCUUUGUCACAGAUCUUCUGAUUCCUUGGCAUUCCCAGGGAUCAUCUCAGUCUAAGUCAACUCUUUUCUUUUCAUCUCAGUCUAAGUCAACUCAGGAUUGCUUUGGGUAAGAUCUUCUUUCUCCCUCCAAAAAAAAAAAAAAGGUUUGCUUUUACCUGUGGUAUGAUUAAGAAAAACACUUUUAAGAUGGACUUUUUAAAAACCUUUAUGUCCUAGUUUAAAAAAAAAAGGAAGACAGAGAAUAGAAGCAUCAUGCUUGUAUCAGAAUUCUUGAAUUACAAAAAGAAUUAUGCACUUCUGAGCAGAAAAUAAUCAAAAUGUUGGGAUCUAAAAUGCAGAUCUACUAGGGUUUUUUUUUUAAUACAUCUUUUACUGUUAUAUUAGCUGAUUUAAGUUCCUCAUUUUUUAAAACUGAUGGCCUCUUCUCAGGAAGUUCAAGGUAGUAUGCCAAAAAAGCUUCUUCCACAAUAACUAGAUGGAAGAGUAAACAGUGGAAGAUUAGUAAAAGUACUUUGUGGUUUUCUCUGCGAUCUUUAUCUUGUAAAGCUAUUUUAACUUUUUCCACUUUCAUUCCUCAAUCUCACUAUGCUAUCCAUUUAACUCUCCUUUGCAGUGUAAAUCAGUUCCCAUGUCAGUAUCCUUUUCCUAGACAGAAAGGAGAAUAUCACUGUCAUAGUACAAUAGUACAGUAGCACAGUCUGCUGUCAUAAAUUCUAUGUUAAUUUAUAAGGUGUAUAAGAAAAGUCUUAUCCUUUCAGGGGAGCCAUCUAUAGCAUAGCUGUUGAAUACAACAAUCAUCCCAGUUCUGCUCCAGUGGUUCCACCUUCCCUUGGCCCUAACCCAGUCUUAGACAUGCCUCUUUUGAGAGCAGUGUACCCUGGCAGCACAUAGUGACCAGCACCUCCAAAUACUGGCACCAUACCCAGGAACUGGGGAAAGUGAGAAUGCUCUCCCCACCACAUCCUCCCCCAAAAAGGACACUUUAUGAGAAGCCACACCUCCUAUUAAUGACAGAAAGUAAAAUAAUUAAGUCUAGAAAAUGCUCUCAGGACACUGCUUUUUCAAAACUGAGAAAUUAUAAAGACAGUUUAGGAAAAAUAGAAAUUGUUUAUCUGAAUAGUGUAUUUAUUGAAGGGAGCUAAUUUAAGGCAAAACAAAAAAUCUUUUACAGUUUGGCAUGACUUUUUUUUUUGUCAUUUGUUUUAAACCUUACCUUCUGACUUAGAAUUGAUACUAAGUAUUGGUUCCAAGGAAGAACAGUCAAGGUUAAUCAAUGGGAGUUAAAUGACUUGCCUAGGGUCACACUGCUGGUAAGUGUUUGAGGUCACAUUUGAACCCAGGACCUUCUGUCUCUAGGUCUGGCUCUUUAUCUUCUGAGUCACCUAGCUCUCCCACUGGCAUGACUUUCUUACCCCUACCUUUUAUUUUGGCUAUGUAAACAUGGAAAUCUAUGAUAAAAUUUUUAUCACAGUAAUUAACUUCAGUAAAUAAACAUUUGGUUUCUACUCAAAAUUCUAGGAAUAGCCAUCGCAAGGUAACUUCAAAGUGAUUAAAGACCUUUUACUAAAAUGGGAAAAUUUAUACUAAGAGAAAAUAUUUUGAUUUCAAGAAGAAAAUUAUGUUUGUAUGCUAAAAAUAUUAGAAUGAUUCUUUUUAGAGUGAUUCAACUAGUCGGGGGUCUUUAAAUGUGGAUUUUUCCAAAUCUUAGUUAUUCACUAAGACGAAUAAUGUUUCUGUGGUCCAUGAUCUGUUAGGAAAGCAUGUAUUCUAAACUUAGCAGCCUAAGGUUUUGAUAAGGCUUGUGUUUUUGGAAAUGUAUACAACUACCAGUGUCUUCAGGGCAAUUCUCAAAGGCAGACUAAAUUACAGAGUGGCAAAGACCUCGAUCAGUGGACCAAAUACCCAUAAUCACAGGAUCACAGAUCUUUGUAGCAUCAAACUGUAAAAAGAAUGUUAUCUAAGAACCUGUACUUUGACCAAGUAGAUAUCUGAGGAUAUUAGACUAGGUAAAUGCUUUUUUUCUUACUAGGUUUGAUCCCAAAUGUGAUUGGAGACAUCUGUUUUCUGUUUUCUUUACCUUUUAAAGCAAUUUCCUAAAAUAGGAUCUCAGGUUCUGAUGGGCAUGAAUGAGAACUACAUAGAGCAAACCCUUAUUUGAAAACAUGAAAUAUUGGGGGUUUGAAACAGUCUUUCUCAACCACUCUUAUUGUCAUAUUCUUCUUUUUCUCAGUUUGUUUGCUUGUUUGUUUGUUUUCCUUCCUUUGGAAGGCCUUUCAUUUGUUUCUUUUAAUGUCAGGUUUUUCAGCCUUCUGGUAUUCAGACAGCUCAGGACCACUUCUGUCUAUAAAAUGAUAUGCCACAAUCUCAUAUCAGUUUGCAAGCUUAUAAGUUCCUAACAUUUUAGGUGGUUUGAUGUGAGAAAUCAAGACUCUUGUAAGUUACAGACUUCAUCACAAAGAAAAGUCUACACUCUUCUCUUUCUGUUUUGAAAUGAGUGCUUUUUAUUUUGACAAAAUGUAAUGUCCUGUGCAUUGAGCAUUGUCCCAAAGCUGAAUUAACAAUCUACUCUUUGAGCAUCUGUCUUUAGGUGAAGUUCUACAAUUAGAAAAACUCAGUGCCCAUAGGUGCUGCUCUGCAAUGGAAUCCCUUUGCUCAGUGUUCUUCUGCCCAAUCAGGUGGAAUGUUUCACAGGCACAUGGUUUCUACAGCUCAAAAUAACUUGGGACCUGCAAACUGACAAAUGCUCUGGCCUCGGUGGUGACAGGUUGUCCAGCUUCUUGCAGCCAUCUUCACUGAGACGAAGGUUGUUAACUCCUCGCUCUCUAUGGACAGCUACUUUCUGUGUCCAAGGACGUGAAGACUUCCCAUGUUUCUCCUGGCCUUUCGUCUUAAAGUUCUCCGGGAAAAUUGGCAUCGCUGUAGAACGCAAGGGCUGGAGAUUCUCAUCUGGGACAAUUAAAAAAAUAAAGUAUGCAAGACGACAACAUCGAAGCUUCCACGUCCAUAUCUCAGCUUCUAAGGGAAAGCUAUUUAGCUGAAACCAGGCAUCGGGGAAACAUUGAGAGAAGUCGGGCAGAGGCUACCCCGAAUCCCUUCCAUUUUAGUAGCCUUGCUGGAGCUGUUGGAGGAGGAGGAGGAGGAGGAGGUCAAGAUGACCUUCCAGAUCUUUCUGCCUUCCUGAGCCAAGAAGAAUUAGAUGAAAGUGUCAAUCUGGCAAGGCUGGCCAUCAAUCAAGACACUAGAGAGAGCAAAGCUGAUGACUCCCCAACCAGAAAACAUCUUUCUUCUGAUCAGCUGAAAAAUUCCACCAAAUCAAGUCCUGAAACUAACUUCUACCAAUAUCAUCCCGACUCUGAGGCCAACGCCAAAGAAAGCACUCAAGAAACGAAGAAGCCUCCGUAUAGUUCAGAAACGCAGUCCAAAAAAGUGUUCUUAAACAAGGCUGCUGACUUCAUUGAGGAGCUCUCUUCCCUCUUCAAAGCUCACAGUUCCAAGAGGAUCAGACCUCGCUCCUGCAAAAACCACAGGAGCAAGUUGGAUCCCCUAAAUAAAGCCCCCCAGGAAAACUGCACCAGUUUUUCUGGCCUGUCUGAGAGGCGAGAAAGAUCAUCUAUUCCCAUUCCCAUUCCUCAGGACACCCAGGAUAAUGAAGUCAACCAUGCCCUUGAGCAGCAGGAGGCUGAGAGACUUCAGGAACUUGAGCUAGCUACCAAUGAGAUAACCAGUAGUGAUGCCACUCCAGAUUCAUCGCCUUCCUCUUUGUAUUAUGAAGAGCCUCUGGGCCAACCACCACGGUUUACUCAGAAGCUAAGGAGUAGAGAAGUUCCAGAAGGAACUAGAGUGCAGUUGGACUGUAUAGUAGUAGGAAUCCCACCGCCUCAAGUAAGGUGGUAUUGUGAAGGGAAAGAACUGGAAAACUCACCUGAUGUUCACAUCGCCCAGGCUGGAAACCUGCACACACUGACCAUCGCUGAAGCCUUUGAGGAUGACACAGGGCGUUACUCCUGCUUUGCUUCCAACAUUUAUGGAACAGAUUCAACUUCUGCAGAAAUUUAUAUAGAAGGUGCUUCAUCUUCUGACUCUGACGGGGACAUUAGUAAGGAAGAUAUGAAUCGGGUCCAGAAGCCAAGUGAGACGUCAUCACCUCCUCUUAACUCUGCCAUCAUCCCACAGGAAGCAGCAGAAGCUCAGCCUAGUGUGGUCCAGCCUCUCUUAUCUACCAUUCAGCAGUGUCAGAGCCCUACAAACUAUUUACAAGGACUAGAUGGAAAACCAAUAAUAGCAGCUCCUGUGUUCACAAAGAUGCUGCAAGAUUUAUCAGCUUCUGAGGGUCAACUAGUUGUUUUUGAAUGCAGAGUGAAAGGAGCACCAUCUCCCAAAGUUGACUGGUACAGAGAAGGGACAUUGAUAGAAGACUCUCCAGAUUUUCGAAUUUUACAGAAAAAACCAAGGUCCAUGGCUGAACCAGAGGAGAUUUGUACUCUGGUCAUUGCCGAAGUAUUCUCAGAAGAUUCUGGGAAUUUCACUUGUACAGCAAGCAACAAGUAUGGCACAGUGUCGAGCAUUGCACAGUUGACUGUGAGAGGAGCUGAGGACCAUAGCAAUAAUGUGGGUCACUACACAGCCAAUUCCAUGGGCAACUCAACUGUGGUUGAAAACCAAUCAUCCCCACCUAACCCAGAACCCCGUUCCAUGGAACAACCCCCCAAACCCAAACUUGAAGGGGUUCUGGUGAAUCACAAUGAGCCCAGGUCCAGCUCUAGGAUAGGCCUUCGAGUACACUUCAAUUUACCUGAAGAUGACAAUACAAGCAGAACAUCUGCUGAAGAUGAAGCAGGGAUUGCUGACCAGAUGCCAACUGACCUUCUACAGGAUCGCUUCAAUGGACAGAUAGCAAGGACACCCGAACCUUCUUCACCCAUCAAAGAGCCCCCUCCUGUACUAGCUAAACCAAAACUUGAUUCCAGUCAAUUACAGCAGCUUCACAACCAGGUUUUAAUGGAGCAGCAGCAGCUGCAGUUCCUACCUUCCUCAUCUCCAAAGGAGUUUUCUUUUAACCCAAGCACGACAAACUCCCCUGCCGCGCAGAUGAAGGCCCCUCGGUCCCAGACAUUCACUUACACGCGGCCUAAACAGUUCUUCCCGUCUCAGUCCACUUCUAGCCCUUCGGGGUCUCCCUUCAGCGGCAGCCUUCAAGCCAUCCAGAGGACGGCGAGUAAAGAAAACCUGUUGGGUUCGCAUUCCUCUGGGCAAACGAGGUCUCUGGGGAGCUUUUCCAGCCAGAAUGAACUCCCCUUUCCGGCAGAAUCCCCACAGUCCCCCCCACCCACGUUCUCGGUCUCCAGUGGGAACCAGUUUCAGCCCCGUUGUGUGUCCCCAACUACCACUGUGUCUCCCACGGGCAGGAUCCAAAACCCCGUGGCCUUCCUCAGUGCGGUCCUGCCUUCCCUGCCAGCCGUGCCCCCCACCAAUGCCAUGGGGCUGCCUCGGAGCGCGCCGUCCGCACCACCUCAGGGACUGAUAAAGAAAAAUCCAAAGUCUCCUCAGUCAGUGGUAGAUGACCACAUUCGUGAAAAUAAGGCUGCAGUGAUUUUGGACUUGGAAAAAAAAAUGCAUUUCAGUGAUGUCCGAUUAAGCCAGCAGGAGUACAAGAUUUCAAGCUUUGAGCAGAGGCUAAUGAAUGAGAUCGAGUUCCGUUUAGAACGUACCCCUGUGGAUGAAUCCGAUGAUGAAAUCCAACAUGAUGAGAUCCCUACAGGCAAAUGCAUUGCCCCUAUCUUUGACAAGAGACUCAAGCACUUCCGAGUUACAGAAGGCUCUCCAGUGAAAUUCACCUGCAAAAUUGUUGGAAUACCUGUUCCAAAGGUUUAUUGGUUCAAGGAUGGAAAGCAAAUUUCUAAAAAAAAUGAACAUUGCAAGAUGAAGAGAGAAGAAGAUGGGACAUGUUCUUUGCACAUUGACUCAACCACGAAUGAUGACGAUGGAAACUACACAAUCAUGGCUGCCAAUCCACAGGGGAGAAUCAGCUGCUCUGGCCACUUAAUGGUACAGAGUUUGCCCCUGCGUGGUCGCUUUACCUCAACUCAUUCUCACAGGGGCAGAGCCCGGAUCCCAGAAGGAGAAAAAGAACCUUUACAGGAACGAUUUUUCAGGCCUCAUUUCCUUCAGGCUCCUGGCGAUAUGGUUGCUCAUGAGGGACGGCUCUGUAGACUGGACUGUAAGGUGAGUGGCUUGCCACCGCCGGAACUGAUGUGGCUGCUCAACGGCCACCCGGUCCUGCCAGACAGCACCCACAAGAUGCUGAUUAGAGAGACGGGGGUCCACUCCCUGCUCAUUGACCCUCUUACCCAAAAGGACGCCGGGACCUACACGUGCAUCGCUACCAACAAGACAGGAAAGAAUUCCUUCAGCCUAGAGCUCACCGUAGUAGCCAAAGAAAUCAAGAAAGCACCUGUGUUCCUAGAGAAACUGCAGAACAGUGGUGUGCCUGAAGGCCAUCCUGUUAGAUUAGAGUGCCGUGUGGUAGGCAUGCCACCCCCUGUGUUCUACUGGAAGAAAGACAACGAAACCAUCCCUUUCACCAGAGAAAGAAUCAGCAUGCACCAAGAUACAACAGGUUAUGUCUGCCUUCUCAUCCAGCCAGCCAAGAAAUCAGAUGCUGGAUGGUACACGCUGUCUGCCAAGAAUGAAGCUGGCAUCGUGUCAUGUACUGCAAGGCUUGAUAUCUACGCCCAGUGGCACCAACAGCUUCCACAGCCCAUGUCGGUACGACCCAGUGGCAGCCGCUAUGGAUCCCUCACCAGCAAAGGACUUGACAUUUUUUCAGCCUUCUCAUCUAUGGAAAGUACGAUGGUGUUUUCGUGCUCUUCUCAGAGUAUGGUGGAAAGUGAAGAACUUUAAAAGCCUCAGGGCUCCUGUUAUGGAGGUGAAGGACGGAUGAGAGAAAAGAAGCCCACAGUCACCACCACCAAGAAGAGAUAAGCCAAGAGAGGUUUCCAAGCAACUAGUUUUUAGUAAGUUAUCACACAGCUGGACUUGUUGCAAGGAAUACUCUGAGCAAGCAGACUGGGGAGUUUCUCAGUCACAGCAGAGGAAGAAAGGGGGUGCUGUACCUUUUAAAAAUUUGAACAAAAGAGAAAUGAGGGGAUACGGUAUAAUUAAACCAAAAAUGCCACAUAGUAGUCUGCCACUACUCUGGGCAAAAGCUACUGCUCUGUCCAUCCCAUGCUAUGUUAGAGAAGUGUAGUGCUACCAAAAAUAUUCUCAGAGGCAAUAAGCUUGUGCUAGACGGUACACACCAUAGUGCCCUAGAAAAGGGCUAACUCACCAAAUUCAAGAGGAGGGAAGGAGGCCAAGAGAUCACGACCCACUCUCUCCAGUCAUGCCGAUAGUAGUAAUUUGAGGAGAGCUUCUCAAAUCCACUUUGUUAUAGCAUUGUAGGGGGAUGACAUAGAACAAAUGUAUAUAAAGAAUCAAGUGCACCCUUUUCAUCUUGAGCAAACUGAACUGCACUAGAGGUUGCCAAGAAUGAGCGACAUGUUUAUUGUAGGCACUCAGACCUACCCGAUGCAGUGUAGCAAUAUCUUGUCAUGCCCAGCCCUCUUCGUGGUUGGAAUGGUUGCCUAUGACGCUGUCUGCUCCGUGUUUUUUCUGUUUCUGAGUGUGACUACUAAAUUAUAUUCACCAAGAACUGAUUUUUCCAUUCUAUGUCAUAAUCAGUUUAUUCCUGACUUAUCCUACUGAGCAUUGACCCAGUAGAGUACAUUGACUAAACUAGCCAAAGAGGAACCUGGAGAAAUGCUGAGAAAUCUCCAGCAUCGUGUAAAAAGUGACUACCAUACAUUACGCUUCUAAGAUGGGAAGAGGUCAUUUCAUACUACAGCAACAGCUUAGCCCAAGAAGAAAUCAGACAGGAAAGACCUCCUCAAAAGCCUCAAAACAUGUAAUUCUUUUUUUUUCUUAACCUUUACCUUCCAUCUUAGAAUUAAUAGCGUGUAUCGGUUCCAAGGCAGAAGAGUGCUAAGGGCUAGGUAUUGGGGGUUAAGUGACUUGCCCAGGGUCUCACAGCUAGUAAGUAUCUGAGGUCAGAUUUGAAUCUAUCUCCAGGCCUUGUUUUCCAUUCAUUGAGCCACCUAGCUGCCCCCAAGCCAUGUAAUUCAAUGAAGAAAAUGGAAAAUUAAGUAGUAGGAGUUAUGAAAAAUUCAUGCUUUUCAUUUCCUCCCCAGGGCAGUGGGCUUUUAGGAAAAACAGCUUUUAGAUUUCUAACUGCUUUGAGAUCCCCACCUAAAAAGGUGGCAUCUAAGUAGAAACUAUGAUGCUAAAGUAAAAAGUGAGAGAAGGAGAAACCAGCAUUUCUGAUUCUCGUUCAUCAGUUCAGCCUCUGCCGAUGACUCUGCAGUGAUGUGAGCUGAUGGCGUCUCUCUGUUCCAGCCACUUGGUUUCAAGGAUAUCUCCAGGGUCCUUUUCACCAGGCUUCCCACAGAGGCAUAGGGAUCCAAGGAGCCCUGGGGUGGGGGGAAAGCUGUUCAUUUGUUAAGCUUAUAUAUGCAAGACAGCAUGGAAACUGCAAAGAUGAACAAGGCAGACUCCUGCCCUUAACACAUGAACCAGCCACACAAACGACUGCUGUUCCUCCAGGCCCCAGGGAUGGCUGCUUCCCUGCCCCAAAUUUGUCCUUGGGUCAAAAAGGGAUUCUCAGUGAUGUUCCAUUUGCAUCUUUUAUGACUUUAAAGAUGGCUUCACAAAUGGCCCAUAUGAUGCUAUGCCUUCUAUUGCCCAAGAGUGAAGGUUUUAUUUGAAAUAUAGAAAAUGCCAAUUUUUUUUUUAUUUGUCCCAGCAUAGAAAUGAAUUCUCUAUGGAGCCUUGUAGCAAAAUGAACCCGAAAGCCAAUUUUGAUCAAAGGAAUUCUAUUUCCUCAUUGAUUUCUAUUAUUAAAUUGAAAAUGUUUUGUUAAAAAAAUUAUCCAAUAGAAUAAGUUUCAAAAUAUUUUUGGUAAGAAGGAUUCAUGUCUGGGCCUGGGCCUGAGCAGCCUGCAUGACAGCACUGUUCUAACUCUCCUUCUACUACUUCCUUGGCUUCUCACCUACCCCGAUUUUCCUAGACUCCACAAGUCUCCAAAGCUGGGAGCUGCUUGGAUUUUACUCUUGCGUCUCCCAGAACUUAGAUUUCCUUAUGUAUCUGCUUAUUUGUUUAAUGUCUAACUGUGAGCUGAGAUACGAUAUCAGACUGUUCGAGUGGAAGCUACCUGAGGGAAAGGACCAUUUUUAGAUUCCUCUAUCCGUCACAGAACACAAGCUCUUACACACAGCCCAUAAUUCAUAAAUAUUUGUUCUAUGAAUGAGCCCUUUUUUUUCUCAACAAGGACUGCAUUAGAAUGUAGAAUGUGCUCCAGGCUAAAGUCUGAAGUCUGGAUGUAGGAAAAGUGAAUUAAUGCCCUGAUGUAUAGAGUUGCAGGUCUGAGAUUCUGUAAAAAGGCCAUAUAAAGAUAGCAUAUAAUUAUGAGAUAUUUAGUUCCGAAGGAUGGGGAGCAGGAAACAAAUCAACUCCACAUAAAUCACUGGACCCUAAUACAUGGAAUGGGAUCCCUAGGGACCUGUUUUAGCACCCUGAGACAAGCAAUUCUAAUUGACAAACAUUUAUUAAGCACCGCCAUAUAUACCAACAAUAGCAUUUUCUAACUCAGACUCAAAGAAUGAGAUAAAGAGAGAGAAUCAGGACCCCAGGUCUUUAAUGUUGGGAUUAUUGAAGUAUAGGACCCCCUGCCUUAUUACAGUAUUCAAGAGUUACUGAAUUACAGUGAAUACUGACAAGGUUGAAAUAUUGUACGUUGACUUUGUAGGACUUGACUUGUUUUUUCAAAAUGGCACCCAGAAUCUGAAAGAGGCUCGUACAGCUAAACUGGCCUUUUGGGUAAAAAUGCCAUGUAGGUUCAAUAAUUGUGCUUCUUUCCUAACCCAUGAAAGCCCCUUUCAAUAGAUAACUUGUUUAGUCAUCAAAUUCAGAAGUGGAUAGAAUAUAGAUAACCAAAAUUCACUGAUAACCCUCAAAAUUCAUUUUAGCUCAUUGGUCAAGACCUUUUUCUUUGAUAUUUUCUUUCAAAAUCUGCUGAGACAAUAAUAUUGAUAGGAGUGCCCGUUCCUCUUUCUGCCUCUACCUAUACUUUUGACAUUAGGGGACAUGACAAGGAAAUGGCCAAAAAGUAGAAAGGAGAGAAAGUGAGAGAACCUCUGGAAAUAGUUGGGAAUUUUAAAAAUCUCUAUCCAGAUACCAUAGAUUCAGUGGCAAUGUGUUUGUCUUCUUCAUUAAUAUACGUAGCAAGCCCAAGAGCCACAAUACAGUCUUAUAAAGUUAAUUUCCUCAAGCUACUUACUGUCCAAGUCAGAAGACAAUAUUGGGCAGUCAAACAGUGGGACCUCAAUCUAGAAAGUGCCUAAUUUUCUAAUUGAUAGUAUCCCCAGAGUUCAUUUAUAAGUCAAUUGCAAAAUACAUUUUCCCCUGAAAUAAUCACAUUUGAGUGGCAGUUUGGAUCCCAGACCAUCCUGAUUAACCAAGGAAUCUCAGACCCGUAGUCCAGGGCUACUCCAGAGCUUUGCAGAAUUCAAAUUAUAUUACAGAGCCUUUUUGUGAAGAGAAACAAAUGUGGAGAUAAUAGUUACUUAAAUUUUUAAAAAUACAAUUUGAGUUUGAGACCACUGAGUUAACCUAUAAUGUAGCUGUAGUAGUACUAGUCAGCACUCGGAGUACUACCUUGAAUUCUGGGUCCUGGUGGCAGGGAGACAUGUGAUAGAAAAAUAAGAAAAGAAAAAUAUCCUCUCUCUUUCCUGGGCUGAUCAUAGGCAAAGGUUUAAACUCAGCUUGUCUUUGGGGCCAUCUCAUCUCCCUUUUAAAAUCCCUCUUCUACCCUCGCUAGAGGGCACCAGCCCCUUGUUUUGUCCCCUCAUGCAUCCCCAAGACCCCCAAUACAUCGAUCUACAUGCUAUGGUAGCCUACCUUCUCUCUCAAGCACUCAAAUGAAAACGCCUCAUCUCAGCUAGUUCUUAGAAAGACAGUCAUCUUAUGGAACAAAUAGGGUUGCACUGUAAGCCUCUCUGAGACAGCUCUUGCCAUUUUUAAGAGAGGAUGCUCGUUAACACAAAGGAUUUUCUAAUUAGCAGGAGAACAUAAUAAAAAGAAAUGAGAAAUUCAAGUAAGGUAAGAAAGGAUAUUUUGACCAACAGUGGCUGCCAAAUAAAUAGGCUCAUGCUGGCUGGGAUCUCAGCUGGGGGACUAAGUGAGCUCCCCUAAGUCCUUCCUAUUUUUCCUAGGUCCCCUUCAUCCAUUUUUGAACCCACAAAUUCUCCCAAAUAUAUUCAAGAGCUCCCAUGGCAAACAGGCUAGGUAUUCCUGCCUUGGGUGAAGGAGUAGGGACAGGGAAUGAGCCAGGACAGUGCUGAUUCUGCUGGGGAAGCUCUAGUCAGUCCCCUACUCUUUCCUCUCAGAAGUCCUGGAGUCAUCAGGUCCCAGACAAUUUCAGAUCUUUGAGUGAGCUGUCAAGUUGCUGACAAAGCCCAGCAUCUUUUCACUGCUGAUCAAUUCAGUCAUUAAUUAGAAAGCUAAUUGUUUAGUGAAUUCCAAAGAGCUUUAGAACUCCCAGCCUCAUCUCCCUGCUAACAAAGUUGUUAAUAUUGUGUCUUAAAAGUUUAAAAAAAUGCACAUGUUGAAACCGUAUUUGUCUCUUUUUUCCCUUCUAAUGACAUCAGUUAGCACAGCAGGCAUUGUAGCAUCAUAGUCAUUCUGUUUUUGUUAACAUGCAAAUAACAGCCACUACAUUCUGAGAAAGAACCCAUAGCCUUGAAAUUGCAAGAAUCAGAAACUCCUGGAUUUCUGUCCUCAGAGAAUUGUGCCAUUAAUGCUAAGACUAACUAUGAUCAUGAAGAAUGUGGUAGCCAUCCACGACUGCUCUGGGGAGGGAUCCACCUACGACCCUGAGAUCAUCAUCCCCAACCAAUAGAAAACAAAGGGUUGGCUCUUCAUUAUUUACUCAUUUUGAAAAUUAAACUAGAUUACAACAAAAUGGAAAUGAAAACUAUUUUCAUGCUGCUAAUAAAUCUGCAUUUUUCUUUGCAGAAAAUAACUUUGGUUUCAAGAUCCAAAGGUUGCUUUGUGAAAAUGAGCAGAAUGGGAAUUUGCAAACAUUCAAAAAUAGUUUUCAAAAGUGAAUCCUAUUAAAGCAACUGUAUUAUGCAAAUUAUGUGCAUAACUGCAUGGUUUAUCCUGGUUGAGUUAUCUCUGCAAUAGUUAAAGAGCAGGCCAGGUUCUUAUUACUUAAAACUUGACUCUAACAAGUCUAAAAUUACACAGGAAUGGGGAGAUAGCAUCCGAUUCCGUGAAACCGGGUCUCUUGAAAAGGUCAAAUCUGCUCUACUUAUUCCAUCAAUGAUGAAAAGAGCAGAAGAGAAAAAUGGAGUCUGCAAGAUGGGGUGGCUCAUUUAAACUCCAAAAUAAUGGCCAUAUCAGUGAAGCUGAGGGGUGUUUGAAUCCCCUCGAGAAACCCUGAUUAAUUCUAUACUGAUAUGGCAAGGUGAAUGUCACUGUAAAGAACAGGGUUAUUUUACACAGAUCAAGUGGAUUCCCAGCCAAAAUAGCCAACUCCUGGCAAUUUCCCCAGUUACAAUUGGGACAAAUUAGUGAGCUAUGUGUUAGCGUAAGCAUAACUGAGGUGCCCUGGCAGCCAAAGAUGUGUGGAAUUUUGCUAUUUUAAGCAAUCUAGAGACAAAGUAUGGAUGAAGACAUGGGGAUAACUUUAAUCCAGUUGUAUCUCUUCUUGCCACAACAGACAUAUUCUUGAAAAGUUGUGUGUAAAUCAAAUUUAUAUAAGGCAAGAACCAAAAAAAAUUCUCUUAUUGAUUUAUUUACACAUUGAUUUCGAAGAUCCUUUUUCUUAUUUUCUGAAUGGUCUUCCAUUGGCAAUGGCAUCUGUAAUGACUUAGCAUUAAGUUUCACAGUCCAUCCUCAUCUCCAUCCCCAGUGUCUCUCAAGUGCCUAACACUCUGAAAAACACUCACACACACUAAAAUCGUACAAAGAGUCUGGAAUUAUGUAGCUGAUAAUCCUCACCCUGAGACAUCUGGCACGGGUACCGUUAACUGAAAGGAGCAUCACAGAGGCUCCUGAGUUUUCCCAAUAUUUGUUGCCUCCUUCUAGCCCCAGCCCUGUAAAGUGAUGAAGCAAACUUGUCAAGAAAGAACUCACAGUAGAGACCCUCAAAAAUAGUGAAUUUAAACAAAAAAUAGGCAAAAUCUUAAAAUGCAAAUUUCAAAUGAAAAUGUAGAUGGAUUGAGUUGAUUUUCAAAAUUCAAAUGUCUUUCCAACCCCACCACUUUUUUUUUUUGUUAUCUUUUUUCCAAGCAGGAUAAACUAUAAAGAUGAAAUUUCUGCAUAUAAAGUCAUACCUAGUAAACCAUUUGGAGAAAAAAAAAAGUCCUCUUCAAAAAAUACCCUACCUUUUUCUUACAAACAAAUUUCUGUUUUUCCAGAUAAGCCAGGGAAAUUUGUUUAAGGACAAGACACUACAGCCUGCCUCAAGGAAGAGUUCAUUUGUCUAAACUCUGCCUCCUGCUUUUUGGGGCCCCUGGCUACUGGCUGUGGAUUUGAUUGAGUUCCCAUAGGAAGACCAAAGGCAGUCCUUGGUUCCUUUUCUGCUGUAGUACAGGAUAAUUCCAUACCCUAUUCUAGACAUAGUCAUUUGGAAGCUUGGUUGUGGUUUCUGGUGAUUUCUCACUAAGAGACUUCCACGUUGAAAUCUGAGAUUCAGCGCUGGGAAUUAAAAACCAAAGUGUGUCCUCAAAGAUUGGUAUCUCAUGGCUUGGUCUCCUCUCAAAUCAGUUUUCAUUCUUUUCUGAUGCUGCCCAGUCUAGCAAAUGGAUUUUAUACAUCUGGAUUGACUAAAUGAUGUACUUUUAAGAAGAAAACCAUCAUUUCAGUUCUAGUCCUGAAAGCAGUCAUAGUUAAUUGCUUCAACCCCCCCCCAAAAAAAGGUGAAAUAUCAUUGGUGUUUCCCUUCUAUCAAGCUCCAUGAGCCCACUCCACUUGAAAACACUCCCGUUCCCAGAAGAUUCCCACCUAUGGCAUUCUUCCUUUGGAGGAAGCUGGAACCAAGUAAUUCUCUUAAAUAUUUUUGGAUAUUCAAAUCUUAAGGAGAGAAAAGUAUAACUAACCAUCCUGAAAUAUUGACAAUACCUUUGUACUGUAUAUUUUGCCUAGGUUGCUAAAAGCAAUGAAAUAAUCACUCUGGUUUCUUUACCUGUCACCUGACAUUGUGCAUGCUGGGUUUUCUGUAGCAGUUGGAGCUAACACCACCGUAGGGCAAAUUGUACCUAUGAGAUACAGCUGGCCCCUCACAGAAGCUUCAGGGGGCACUAUGUGUAGCCUGGUAGACCAUGUAAUUAACAACUAUGCUUGUUGAUGUUUUCUAGACAUGCUUUUUUGAAGUUUUGUUGGUUGAUUUUGUUUUGUUUGGAAACUUUGCUUUUCAAGUUAUCGAGGAGCGGCUUAGAAAUAAAAAAAACAACAACUUGGGAUCUAUGUUCAGCUCAAACUGAGCAUUUUAAGGCAAUUUAGAAAAUGAUGGACUGUUUCUUCUCUAAAUAAAGUUUUGCUUAUUGUCAA